GUUUGAGGUAAACAGAUUGAUUGAGAUGUGUCCUAAUCACUACAUAUUAUUAUUAUAGGCUAUAACGAAGGAACCAUUAUCAAUCUUCUUUGGCAAAUUAAUGAGGCACCGAAUUGGAAUAAGGAACAAAAGCGAGCUGCAGUAAUGGGUUGUCUAAAUUUCGCGAAAGGUUUGCGUCGAGGAGCGGUUGUGUCGGUAUUAGAGACAAUAGCACACAAUAUUAGCAGAUAGAGCGAGAUGUAAAAGUGCUAUCCACCGCAUUCUAAAUCAACCACUGAUUUGUUUGUUACUUGUCACUAAAAUAAAAAUCGUAUUUGCUGCUUGGCUCUUUUUUCAACUCCCUUUCAUUUUCUGGGCGGUCCAUCCAUCAAUCACUUUCUAGUAUAGUAACCAACAUUUCAAAGAUCCUUCAUGUCACUUGAAUCCUCUACAGUAGUCGAACGCAGACGUUCACUUUCGCCAACAACGCAAGCCGACACUUUGCGGAAUAUGCUUUUAAAUGCCAAAACUCAGCGUGACACUGAAAACGGCCAUAGCAACCGAGAGGAGCCUAAAUCAGGAGGAACUCAAAAACAAGAGAUGCAGAAAGAACGGCGAGGCUCUAGACGAAAUCCAAGUACAGAUCGCCGUGACAGGAGCUUAGGUCGGUAUCGACAUGAAAGUUCAAGUAGGCAGCGUAAUGGCGAUAGUAAUCAGGAUAGAAAUUUUAAUAAUGCAGACUAUAGAAGGAUCGAGGCUGAUGACGAGCAUGAUGACGGACGAAGAGAUUACCAACGCAGUACAUUUCGGUCUCAAUCAAGAUCGCCUCAUCGUGGAAGGAACAGCAGAGGUUUAUAUUCUCAUUAUGAGCCGGAGAGGCGCAGGACGAGACGAAGUCCAAGUUAUGACAACUACCAACCGCGAGACAGAAAUCAGGAAGAUCUAAGAGGCCGAGACCAACACGAUAGAAGUAAUGAUCACGGAUAUGACUCUAGGGAUGAGAGACGCCGUGAUGAGCCUUACAGAAGGGGACGAAGACCACAGAACAUGCUACCUGAAUACUCCAACAGGUAAGUUAAUUGAAAAAUCUAAAAGUUGGAAGGACUUAUUGGGUACAAUGUAAUGAUCAAUAGAGUCAUGAUAAAUAAUCAUUUCUUGCUUUUGUUGAAUCAGCCGCCGAGAGCAACGACUAGCGAUCAACUUUUCGA